UCCUUGGUGGAGAAAAGUAUAUAAAGCGAGUAGUCAUAAUAAUCCGGGCUAGCCGCAAGAUUUUUAAUCGGCAAGGAUGUCGUUCCAUUCGUUCAGCGUCGUCUUCGCGAUCGCGAUCACGUAUCUCUUCGUUAUUGUUGCCGGUCAAGUCAAACUCCCUGCUGAUGUUAAGACAUGCAAAAGAGGUACAGAUGAUUAUUCGUCUUGUUUGAGAUUAGCUAUUCAAGAAUCAUGGCCUGUAUUUGUUAAAGGUAUUCCCGAACUUGAUGUAGCUAUCUUGGAUCCUUUCUACAACGAAUAUGGACUAUAUGAAUUUGGAAGUAACGAAGUACAUGGGAAAAUAGAAGGUUCUAAUAUUUAUUUUUACGGUAUGAAGAACAUAAAAUUUUUGGCGGUCAGACCGGAAUAUACGGACGAUCAAUUCAAAUUGGAAAUCGAUUGGGUUUUACCUAAGUGCUUCCUUGAAGGAGAAUAUAACAUUGAUGCUAAUUUGGUCAAUUUCAAACUUGGUGGCAAAGGAUAUUUCAACGUAAGUUUGGAGGACGUAAAGGUAACUUGGGAGAUAAAUGGUCCAGUCAAAAAUGACAGAUGGGUCAUCGAACAUUUUAUUCCAAACGCACAAGUCGGUAAACUCAAAUUUUGGUGUAGCGAUCUUUUCAAUGGCAAUGAGCAAUUAACCAAAUCCGCUAUAGGAUUUGUUAAUGAAUUUUGGCCAACGAUUUAUCGUGGAAUGUUUCCAUAUAUUAAAAAAGUAUGGGACGAACUAUUUACCGAUUAUAUAAAUCGUAUAUUCUCCAAACUAUCCUUCAACGAAGUCUUUCCUUCGGCGUAAAAAAUAUUUUGAGGAAAAGAUCAAAGAAAAACAAAUAGUAGAAAAGUAUCCAAAAUAUAAAAAGGUGAAAGGAAUUCAUCGUGACGCGUCUAUUUAUGCAAAUUAAUCGAUCUAGAAGUAUUUUAAGGACGACAACCAUAAACGAACUUGUUCAAUUCAACAGUUUUUCUUUCGAGCAGGACUCAUAAAAUAUUUCAAUAAUUGUAACUGUGAAUUAUUUAUCAAAAUAAUAUUAACAUGAAACUAUUAUGGAUAUGUCAAAUAAUAAGAGUCCGAUUUUGUUUUUUA